AAAAAAUUGUUACUAAGUGUUUAUAUCUACCUAUACACUACGAGUUCUAAUUCAGACAAGUAAAAGAUGUGGGUUGCAACAUUGUGCUUUUUCUUGGUGGCAUCGGGCGUUCUGUCAAAGCCUGUGGAUGACGAACCCACUUGUGGUUACGACGCUUGUCCACUCUCAGACCCCGCCACUUUAAACGUGCACGUAGUCCCUCAUUCCCACGACGAUGUCGGUUGGCUCAAAACUUUUGACCAGUACUAUUUUCAAGAUGUCCAAAACGUAAUAAGUUCAGUCAUUGUGGCCCUCAAACUCAACCCAGAACGACGUUUCGUGCAAGUCGAAACCGCCUUCUUCAAGAAAUGGUGGGACCAGCAGAAAGACUCCGUCCGACAAGACGUUAUAAAUCUCGUCAACAAUGGACAGUUCGAAAUCAUCAAUGGCGCCUGGAGCAUGAAUGACGAAGCUGCUGUGAAUUAUCAGUACACGAUAGACCAGUACACGCUCGGACUGCGCUACUUGGAAGAUCGUUUAGGGAAGUGUUCCAGACCGCGAGUUGGUUGGCAAAUCGAUCCGUUUGGUCACAGUCGUGAGCAAGCAUCCAUUUCAGCACAGUUAGGUUUUGACAGUCUUUACUUCGCCCGGUUGGAUUACAGAGAUAAGAUUAACAGACUGAGUAAGAAAUCAGGGGAUCUACUUUGGCGAGGCAGCAGCAGUUUGGGGAAUGCUGCAGAUAUUUUUACUUCCGUGUUGUACAAUCAUUACAGCGCUCCUCCAGGUUUUUGCUUUGAUAUUGUUUGCGAUGACGAUCCUAUUAUUGACGACCCGGAGAGCCCGGACUACAAUUAUCAAAACCGGGUGGAAACUUUUGCCAAUUUUGUUAGAGAACAAGCUUCUAAAUAUCCUACUAACAAUAUUAUAGUGGUUAUGGGUGACGAUUUCAGGUAUCAAGCUGCUUUGAAUUCGUAUAUUAAUACGGAUAGACUCAUUGCGGGUUUUGAUUUGUUCCCGCAGACUUUCCAAGGAAAGACUAUCAAAGUGUUCUAUUCAACACCGUCAUGUUACGCUAAAGCAGUAAAUGACUAUGCUAUAACCAAUGACUACAAUCUAGAAAUCAAAACUGAUGACUUUUUCCCGUAUGCUGAUGGAGUGGGUAACUUGGUUGUAGGAUACUUUACGUCUAGACCUGCCUCGAAACGAUUUGUGCGUGAUGGAAAUAUUCUACUACAAACUGCCAAACAAUUAGCAGCUGCGGUAAACGUGCCCUACGACAACGUCGAAAUUAAUUCUCUGAAGGAAGCUAUGGGCGUUCUCCAACAUCAUGACGCAAUCACUGGGACCGAACUCAUUGACGUCACGCACGACUACCAUCGUCUACUCCAUAAAGGCAUAAGUGACACUUCAGACGCAGUUGACCCCAUUUUGUCAAAUUUGAUUACUGGAAGUGGUGAUAACGACCUACAGUUUAAAUCGUGUCUUUUGGCUAAUGUUAGCUAUUGUCCUGAAACAAAAUCCGAUCAGUUCACCCUUGUCGUUUAUAAUCCACUAAGCAGAGUUGUCUCUAGCCCCAUUAGUGUACCUGUAGAUACCGAAACCUGGAGCAUCGUAGACCCUGAAGGACAAGAAGUAAUUUAUCAAGUGGAACCCACCGUUAUCGAUUUCAGUGAAAUAAUACCCGAGGCUGUGUCGCCAUUCUUCCUAGAAUUUGUAGCUACAGAUCUUCCACCGUUCGGCUACAAAGUUUACACUUUCGCAAAAACAGAAUCCGCAAAAAUAAAAUCAGUGACUGUGGGAAAUGAAGACACUUCUUUUGAAGUCGAUGAAACCACCGGGUUAUUAACAUCUGUAACGAUGAAUGGAGUGACCUUGGAUAUAUCUCAAGACUUCCUAUAUUACACGAGUGGAGGUGGCUCUCAAGCGUAUGUUUUCACUCCGGCUUCGAACGACCCUCAAACAAUCGCUUCCACUGUCACCACUUCAGUUGUGGAAGGCGACAUCUACUCCGCAGUAGUGCAAGAAUUUAGCGACUGGGCACACCAAACCAUCAAAGUUUAUAAACACGACAGCAGCCACAUAGAAUUCGACUACAUAAUAGGACCUCUAGAUAUUAAUGACGGUGGCAAGGAGGUAAUUUCAAGAUUUACCACAUCUUUAAAUACUGAAGGCGCCUUUUACACUGAUUCAAAUGGUCGUGAAACCUUGAAACGAGUUAGGAACUAUCGUCCGGAUUACGAAUACACCGACGAACAACCUGUUUCUGGAAAUUACUACCCAAUCACGUCCAAACUUGCUAUUAAAGAUGAAGACAGCGGUUUGGAGGUGGCUGUUUUAAAUGAUCGGUCACAAGGAGGGUCGAGUAUUGAAGACGGACAACUAGAAUUGAUGGUUCAUAGGGCAAUUAGUACCAGUGACGCUUUCGGUCUGGAUGAACAAGAAUAUGACCAUGGAAUUGUGAUACGUGGAAAACACUAUCUAGUAGUGGGCCCCAGCAGCGGAAAUGGUGAAAAAUCGUUGGCGGCAAUUGAACGCGACGUUGUCCAAAGGAAGUUUCUGCAGCCGUGGGUUUUCGUUACAAACCAAGAUGUUUCAGACCAACUUGUAAAUCUCCAGUUCAGCAAUUUGAAAACAUCGCUGCCUGACAAUGUACAGCUUUUGACUUUGGAACCAUGGAAAGACAAUACAAUUCUGCUUCGUUUGGAGCACGUUCUGGAAAAAGACGACGAUCCUAAUUUAUCUGUGGACGUUACUGUCGACCUUUCUGAUUUGUUCGUCGCUUUUACUAUAAGCGAGCUAGCAGAAACAACAUUGGCGGGAAAUAUCCCCAUUGAUGAGUACGAACCGCUACACUGGCCAGGAAGCACCAAUGACACUCCGAAGGUCCGCCGCGAUGUCGGCGCCGAUCUACAAGUGACCCUGUCACCCAUGCAGAUUCGUACAUUUUUGGCAACGGUUACUUACAAUUAGUAAUAGUUGUAAAUGUAAAAUGUUUUAAAUAAAGGUAUUUUCUUUGA